AUGGGAGUCUUCUGGGACUGGCCCUCGCUACUGCAGGGCGACCCGACCAAGGCAGAUGAGGCGAAGGCCGCCGCCUUGCGGCAGGGCAAAUCCGAGAAGGACGCGCAGGAGGCCGCGGACGAGGCCAAGCGGACCCCCGCCGAGAAAGCCGCCUUCAAGCAUGCGCUGGAGGAUACAAUGGACCUCUGGUACGCCCACCAGGCCACCACCGUUCUCCUGCUCACCCAGCACCCCCGCGAGCGGAGCAGCGCGCGCGAGUGCGGCUACGACCAGGCCAGUCCGGCUGGACGACGUACGAGCGCUGCUCUGCGGAGCAGAUCAAGAACGUGUAUCGCUGGGUGGCGGGGUGAAACGCCGUGGCCGACCUGGGGCAGGGGGCGGGGGCGCAGGAGGCCGGGAGGAGGUGGCCGGUGGGCCCGGACGAGUUCGACCGGCUCAUCGAAGACAGGUCUUUCACCAACGGCGCGGACCGGGAGGUGGUGA